AUACAUACAAUCAACAAUUACAAACACUGGCUCAACUAAUCACACAUUCCGGACAUUAAUUAAGGAGUCAUUGCAUUAUUCAUAUAUAUGCUGAAGAGGCAAAUCCAUGGAUGGAAGAUUUUGGUUUCCUGCGCUUUCAAGACCGAGGGAAGAUUGUAAAUAUUGUCUGCAGCAGGGUAAGGAGGUGCAACAAGAGCGCAGCAAGGAAAAGGAUGAAUGACCAUGGACCGUUGAAGUAAUGAUGCCCAACUUUGCCAUGCUUUUGAUCCAAGGUGAACUGUAUGUAAUACCUUGUUGAUAUCACUAAAUAACUCUUUAUAAAAGAACGUUUCCUUG